AGGACCAAACUUAAGUCAAUGUUAAACCAGUGUGAGAUCACACGAGAAUUCGAAACAGGCGAUAGGAGGACAAAAUAUCAUGAAUAAGCUCGUGCCGAAACUCAAAAAGUGCUGCUUUUGUGUGCCUCUCAAGUGCAGCACGAUUGUCUUUGGAAUUCUUUACAUGAUGGCGUCAGUGCCGUUGCUAUUCGUCUACGGAACUCCAUUUGUUUUGCAUUUGGUUUUUGGGCCAGAAGUGCCUUUAGAAGACCCGACAUUGUUCUUUUACUUCAUUAUGCUGACUACGCUAAUACUUCAGGACUUGGCUGGGAUUUUCCUGGUCAUCGCUGCUUUUAGGAAAACGCCAAGUUGGAUGAGACCCUGGAUCUACGUGUCGUCCUGCCAGAUAGCGUGUAUUCUGUUCUUGGCUGUGGUGUGCUCCUUGAUAUACAUCAUCCAGGUCACCAAUCAGACGAUACCUGAUGACUCGGAGGAGGCAACGUGGUACGCGGUGUACGCAGGCUAUGGGUUUCUUCUGUACUAUGCAAUUUGCGUCGUCCACAGUUAUAUGAAUGAACUGCAUGAAGAAAAAGAACGUGCCAAAAUACAACAAACAGAGUUGGCGCCACUGAGUUCAGUAUAAAAAGAAAAUUCAAAAUGGCGGGCAGGACGGAGCGACAUUUUGUGCCCGAAAUCCAAGAGGAUUAUCUCAAUAAGUUUCACUUCUUUUAGGUUUAAAAUUAAAAACUGCAAAUAAUUGAUUCAACGUUAAAAGGCAAGUUUUAGUAAGUGAGUAGUAUCAUCCCAUUUUGAUGUUUUGUGUACUUUUAUUACCCCACUAGUGUCGGUCAUGAUCUUUCCAUAGACAAUAAUAGAGAUUCUUGGAUAGAAAAAAAAUACAAGAUGCCCGCUACAAUAUAAAUAAAACUAUACAUACUUGCUUAAUUUAAGUGUCGGUUACUGAUAGAUUGCACACAAUAUAACCUACUUUUGGGAAUGGCUCCCGAAAUUUAUAUAGGUAGAUUAAUUAGAUACGACGUAUUCUUAGUUUAAUUGUUAGUUUGACGGCCUCAGUGGCGCAGCGGUAGUACUAUUGUCUCCGACACCGGAGGUCCCGAGUUCGAAUCCCGGCCAGGGCAUUAUGAGAAAAUAACUUUUUCUGAUUGGCCUGGGUCUUGGAUGUUUAUCUGUACAAGUAUUUAUUCAAAAACAAAGUAUCGUUGAGUUAGUAUCUGAUAACACAGGUCUCGAACUUACUUCGGGGCUUACUCUAUCUGUGUAAUUUGUUCCGUAUAUAUUUAUUUAUUUAUAUUUAAUAUGCAAUUAUUUUUAUAUUUUUAGUGUCCUGAAGUUAGUUUCAAUGUUUUUAUGUUUUUAUGCAUUAAGCGGUCGUCGUUGACCACGGAUCAUUGUAACAUGAUUCGAAACGUCCGAAAUAAAAUAAAGGUACGUUACAUGCGCGUUUAAUACCUGUAUUAUUUAUAAAUGUUACAGUUAAAACUAGUUUUUAGUUAGAACGCGUUUUCCCUAGUUAGAACUAGUUUUUACUAAAUGCCUUUGUUAAAACUAGAAUUAACUAAUGCUCAAAAUUAAAUAUCAGUUAAAACGAGUUCUCACUAGACAACACGCGUUUUUAAGAAGAGAGCCAGUUAAAACUGUUCCGACCAAGGUCAAAAAGGUGUCUCUGCUAGAAAAAUGGUUGCCUUUGUAACACAAAGUGCCACGAUAGUUUGUCUUGUAAUAACAAGUAGAUCCUCAUCCUUUUUAUAAAUUUAAGAUUGUUUAAUUUUUAUAUUGUAUGACAGAGUUGAGAGGAAUGAGUGUCUUAAACCACUCAGUGUGCGCUCGCACGAGUGGUUUAAGACUGAAAAAAGGUUUAUCCUGACACAAGCACUCGAAUCCUCAUAUAAGGAUUUCAGUGCUCGUAUUAAGAGACUGCUCACCCCAUGCAUAGAAAGUGCUGACCACAAUUCAUUCCUCUCAACUCUGUCAUACAAUAUAAAAAUUAAACAAUCUUAAAUUUAUUAAAAGGAUGAGGAUCUACUUGUUAUUACAAGACAAACUAUCGUGGCACUUUGAGUUACGAAGGCAACCAUUUUUCUUGCAGAGACACCUUUUUGACCUUGGUCGCAACAGUUUUAACUGGCUCUCUUUGGAAAAACGCGUGUUGUCUAGCAAGAACUCGUUUUAACUGAUAUUUAAUUUUGAGCAUUAGUUAAUUCUAGUUUUAACAAAGGCAUUUAGUAAAAAAUACUUCUAACCAGGGAAAACGCGUUCUAACUAAAAACUAGUUUUAACUGUAACAUGAACACUGACAACUAAUCUAGAGAUAAUGUACCUGUAUUAAUUUUGAAUUACGAAUCUGCAUAAAAUUUCUGAUACUCUUUGAAUUAUAGAUAUUAGAGAUAUAAAUUGUUAAAGUUUUAGCAGUUCAGAAUUUGGCACCCACCUAAAAGUUGUUAUACAGGAUGGUCAAAAAAAGCGCCACGUUGGAGAAGAAAAUACAUCUUUUAACUUGUUAUUUUUUUAUGUUACAAAACCAAUUUAAAAUCAAAGUUAAGGAUAUAUUCUCAGUAUUUAUUGUUAAUUUCAUAUCAUUUGAACAUGAAAGCGAAAGGAUGUUUCAAACGAAACUAACACAACUUUAACUAAAAUUUAAUUUGAUUAUAAAUUGAAUAUGCUACGAGUAUUGUUUUACCACAUCCUGUAUUAGCUACGUGUAAAAUUUGCAGUAAUGAGUUGAGUCUCAUGUGCUUUUUGUGCUAAUUUAGUAUUAUAUUAUUUAUAUUUACUUAAUAUUGUGAUUUGUUUAAAAAAAUUCUGUGAGGCUAGCAUAGCACGCUCGAUUCCGUUUUUAUCGCGCGAUAAACUAUCGUUGUUUCACUGUUUAUUAUGACGUGAAACGGUUCAGCGAUAGUUUAUCGCGCGAUAAUAACGGCGUCGCGCGUGCCCAGCUAGCCUCGCUGGCGUCCAAGGAUAUAAGACUGCAAACGCUAGAUCUGUUGAGUGCACUCCCCACGCCCAAAGUUUCUAAGCUUUCUUCAUUUACAACGCAAUCGCAACGGAUUUUGAACCAGAAAUUUUUAUAACAAUAAUAAUAAACAGAUAAUUUGCAGCAGAUAAUGAAAAUACAUUAAAUUAACAGAUAAUUUAAAUUAAUUUUAUUACCGACAUUUAUUCAAACAUUUUUUUUUUCAAAGAACAUCGUGCGAUGUGUUAUUCCUUAAAUAAAUGAGUUUGGAAUGUUUUGAUAAGAAUCUCUGAUAUCGUUGACUUACGCAUAGAAAUCUGAGCAAUAAGGCAAUAAUCAGAUUUCUGCGGCUGGUCUUGGACCAGUACAUCAUCACAAGGAUUCUUCAGGCGUGGUAUACUCACGGUAGUUUACUCAGCAGGCGUGAUCUCGAAUCUAUGGACAGCAUUCGUGUUUUAGACUAAGAUUCGUAUAUAGGAUGAACUGGACCCAUCUGCUUGACCAAUGAAAUAUAUUUAUUAUCAUGAUAAAAAAGUCGAAUACGCGUUUGUAUUGAGAAUCAAAAUGUAUUCAGGGAUGUAAAAAGUACUUACUACGUAUUAUAGUUAUUCGUCUUUAUUUUCUGUUUGAUAUAAAAAAAUGUUUUAUGAGUUAAGAAGUGGAUCCAAUUUGACUCAUAUACGUAUAAAGUACUAUAACUUAACAGUGUAAAUCAUCAUAUGAAUGAAGUAAAUUUUGUUUCAAAAUUAACUUUAAUUUGAAGUUAAAAAGUGAAAACUAAUUAACGCCCAAGUUAAAAAAUAAGGCUUAUUCUGUACCUGUGCAAGAACAGAGGGCGGUAAUGGGUUAAAUAUGUAUGUGGUAAACGAGUUGUACUUUUUUAUAAAAUUUGAAAUAUUAUUCAUCAAUCGAAUUAGUUUAUAUCAUGUUUUAUAUAAGAAUUGGAUACAAAUGUUCAAAAUGUAAAAAAAAAAUAAAGAAAUCUAAAUACAAAAAUACAUACAUUAAAGUAGUCUCUACCUGUGUGCUAGUUAACUUAUGACAUAUUUGACGUACCGAAUUAUAUAUUAAAUAUUAGAAUAAAAGUAUAUUUAUAGAA